ACUGGACAAGAACUAACAAUGAACUCUCCCUUUCUCUGCUCCACAUAAGCAUAUUUUCUUAACUGUCACGCGCUGCUUGUAUUAGAAACGGGGUCAAAGUAAUGGCGGACGAGCAGCGCCUAAUUAGACCGCUUAUUAUUCAGUAGUUGUUUCUUUAGCAGCCGCAACAGUUUCCCGCCACUGACAGCAAAGCUCAAAAAGAGCGUUAGCCAGGAAGCUAACUGAGGUUAGCGACAAGAUUAAACUGCUCAUUUAGUAGGUAUUCUUACAGGAAGAAAAUGGAAACAAUCCCCCUAGGAAUCAGUCCGCAAACAGAGCCCACUUUCCCACCACCUUCUCCAAAACGAGCGAGGACAGACUGCGCGGCGACAGAAGACCUCCACGGGAACAGCGGGUUCGACUCUUCACAGCUUCGGACGUCUCAGGAUGCGAUUAGCAGCCUAUUGACGAAUAACCUCCAGGAGACCGACGGCCUGAUAACAGCAGAGAGUGGGCAGUAUCAUGAUGAAAACCUUACAGGACUUCCUUCAGAUGUUACUCCUGCUACUCAUGUGACUUCAGAGUCAAAUGAGGUGUGUGUGAGUGUCGAGAGAGAGGAGAAGUCUUUUGUUAUCGAAACAGACGAGCUAAGUCCCGCCAGCAACAGCACACCCAGACUUCCCGACUGUAAACUGCUGGAGAAGUCGCUCGAGGGUGAAAAUCCUGGUGUCUGUCUUCAGAAUGACGAGAAUGAUGGGAAUCUUGGGACUUGGGCUCAAACUCAACCCAGUCUCGUUCAGGCAGUCACCUUCUGUUCACAUCAGGCGGCUGACACAGAUUUAUGUCAUGCUUUCAGCCAACUGGCAGAUGCUGUAGAGGGUGAUAUAAAGAGAGAGAAGGCACCUCUGAGGAGUCCCACAUCCUCCUUCCAAGAUGCUCUCCCACUCUGCUCAAACGCUGAAGCGGAUCAUUGUCAGAAAUCUGACCAUCGGAUUCCUGAAAAUGUCUCAGACGUAGAAACAAAAGGUCAAGGAAGCAAUACCUUUGUCAAAUCUUCUGAGGAAUUGAUUACUUGCUGUGAGUUUGUGUCAGGCACAACCCUAUCAGCUGAAAAUGUGAGUUUCAAGGAUCACAACUAUGUGGUAGAGGCAGAGAUUCCAGCAGCUGUUAGAAUCAGUCAAGAGGCUGCCGAAGAAGAUAAUGAGGCCGACGCAUUCUGUGUAAUUGACCCUGUAAUCUGGAGUGAAAUUGAUGAGGAGGUUGAACGACUGCUCUGUAACUCAGACGGCGCUGCAGGUGGAGAAUUAUCUCCAUUAGUUGAAGUCUGCCACACUGAAGCAACUUCUCCACUUUGUUCUGAAGUCAGAGCGUCACUGGAUUCAAUUCCAGACUCUGAGCAGCUUCAGAGAGAUGAAAAUAAGCUUGGCAAAACAAACAACUUGAUGCAAGACCAGACCGACAAUGAGGGCAAAUCCAGUCCUGCAUUUGCUGGAGAUGAUGGAACUGGAGAGAUCUGCAUUACGACGGGAAGUCGGCUGAAAGUUGCUGUCAGCCCUGACCACGUGGAGAUGCCUGAGCUGGAAUACUUGCACAGCAAAACUGACAAAGUGGAAGAGGUUGCUGGGUUCAUACAAAGUAAUUCUCCAAAAGAAACAGAAACCGACGAAUUGAGGAAUUUAGAAUCGGAGUGGCAAAAUAAACAAGGAGACUGCAACAGUUACCAGAAAGAAGGAGAAACACAAAAACAUGGCAGAAAUCUCAAUAGUAUUGACGACAAACAAGAAAAUGAGCUCGGUGAAUCUUUUGAGGGCAAUAUUUGCGUAACCUGUGUGACGACUGAAGGCAAGAAACAAAACCAGAAAGUAAAAGUUGGCGGAGAAAUAAAUAUAGAAGAGUGGGAAACUGGGGAGCGCAUGCAGAAGCAAAGUGAGUUUGAAGACGACAUUAGGGAAGAGUCUCCCAUUCAAGAUGUUAGUGAAUGGGCAGAGACCAGGUUGAGUUUUUAUAACGGAGAAGAUCCAGAACAAAGUCUAGGUUGCUUGGCUCACGAUCAACACAUGCCUGAUGUGUCCACGCUCCACACCGUUCCUCCUACGACUGACGCAGUCGUUCCGUGCCCAUCUCAAAACGCUCUCCAUGGCGUCAGAUAUUUCCCAUCAGCCUUCACUCCCGGCAAGGAUGAGCUCGGUGGGUUUGACACGUUUGAAAAGAUCAAACUCUUUCCAGAUGAUGAUGAUGGUGCCACAGAGCUCCUGAACACACCCCAGGAAGAACAAGAACACCACAUGCAAGUGGCAGAAAGUGAGAUCAAUGAAAAGACACUUGAAGAUAAGAAGGAGUACACAGAGAAUGGGUUUGACUCCAGUGAUUCCAGUUCUAAUGAUGUCCCAAACUUCACCCCAAACCUGGAAAAAGAGCCAAACAGCGGAUCAACCAAUGAUUCCUCUCUCUGCUCACAUGAUGAAUUGAACCCGCAGUCAGCGUCUUCUGCUGCUCCUACUGACUCUGAUGGACCCUCUUGUGAUCUAAGCACCAGUUUUGACUUUGAAAUGAAGGAACACUUUGGCAGGGUCUUACAGGAGCUCAACUUAUUCUUUGAUAUCAGUAGAAACGAAUUCACAAGGCCGCCCUCGCCUGAUUUACCCGAGUCCUCGGAGGACCACUCUACCAAAGUGCUGAGUAGCCCUGGACUGGAAUGCUACGUUCACACGUCAACAGCUAUUGAAGACCAGGGCCUGGUGAUGUGUAGACUUGAUCCAGCCGUUUCCUGUCCGGUUAUCAGGAGUGAUGGCGAACAGGAAGUACCUCUCAACAGAAACCUGGAGCAGGAACCAUCGGUGGACACCACAGAGAAGAGCAAAGAGUCCCAGAAGGCGGAGCAGAAAGUUAAAGUUUGGUCUCCAUCCUUCAUGCGUCUGCCUGACUCGGAGCAGCUGAGCCACAGACCACCACCAGAUCUACCCAGGAGGCUGGAGCCUUUGAGAACGUGCACGCGGCCAAUCAGGGUUGGACUUUCAAAACGAGCCAAGACCAAGCAGCUCCACCACGCACAUCCAUACAAAUAAAUACGGAGACCCGCAGGGUGUUGUUUGACCAAAUGAUGUUGUCAGGGUUCUGUUUUGGUUUAAACGUUCAAGAGGUGUGAUGUUGUUGUCUCUGGUUAUUGAACAGGGUUCUGUUGUUGGUUCUGGUUUCCUUCUGUCACAAUGUGGCGUUUGUCACAUUUAGCAGCUGUGGUGGUUGGGCGUGUGUUACCAGCUGAGUAAAACAGCAGCAGCAGCUUGGUGCUACUUGAAGUAAAAUCUGCUUAUUUAUUUAUUUAUUUAUAUGUAAUAUUUAACUAUUUAAAUCUUUCCUGUUGUAAUGUUUACAUUGUAUUUUUAACAUAUUUUAUUGUAUUAAGACAGUUUCCAUUACUGUAGGCAUAUUUGCUGUAGGUGUAUAUUGUUCCUGUUAUGUGUGGGUGUAUUCAGACAAUUUUCAUUAGAGUGAUGAUGUUCUUAGUGUGUUCUGUUACUUUUUAACCAUUAAAUGAGCAUUGAUGUGUCUAACAUAACACAAACCGUAA